AUGACCUCCACCAAUGACCCAUGGAACGCGCGAUACAGGCCGAGGGCGAGCAUGAAGCCGUUCACAAGCUGCCCUUGGACAGCGAGCAUGGAGGAGAAGAAGGAGGAGAGGAAACCGCCGCAGUACCUCGUGGAGUACAACCGGAUGCUCGGAAACAGACCCAAGACCAGGUUCAGAGAGCCUGUCAACCCUGCCUACAUCAACUAUGAGCAGUGCGAGAUCAAUCCAUCCCUCGCCAGGGACCGGGAGGACCACAAGUACAAGAUCCUGAUCAUGACGGACGAGAUCCUAAUGUCCUACGGUCGCUUCCACACUGAGACCGAAGGCAUUGAAGGGUUCUCCAACUACAACGACCUCAAGGCCCGGGGCCCGCACGGCAUCAUGGGCGUCCCGGCCAGUGUCGGGAAUCACGGACCUCCGGGGGUGGCGCUGCUCCCCAAGGGGUACUGGCAGAAGAACAAGGCGAUGAAGAAGCAGGCUCGACCAAAGACCUCCGCGCUUGUCUGA